AUGAAGCUAAAGAAUCUCUUUAUUUUUGAAGCCGUAGUAAUUGCACUGGUGAUUUUGUCAUUUACAAACAAAGUUGACGCUUUGAGCAAAAAUUGUCAGCGUUGGCUACAGACAUGGUUUCCUAUAUACUGCACCAGUAAUAAAGACUGUCCUGACAAUUUGUCAUGUUUAAUAGAGGCUAAAGAGUGCAGAAACCCGUGUAAUUCUACCAGCUGUAAGUUUACAGACGAUAUCUGCUUAGUAAUGAACCAUGUAAUCAAUUGUACAUCAAGUGCUAAAUCAUGUACGGAACAAAAAGAUUGUCCAGAUAAUUUAGAUUGUUUAGAAAAGAAAUGCAGGAAUCCAUGUGAUGGAAAGAAGUGCGAUGAAGGUAAAAUUUGUGUGGUACAAGAUCACAAGGACAUAUGUGGGUAUAUUAAUGGGAAAAAUAAUAAAACUGAAUUAGACGGAAAAGUGUCUGUGGUCCGUAGCUGCGAAUGGUGGGAUUUUUUAUGUCGUGCUGGUUGGUAUUAA